AGAAUUAGUUUUAAUAAAUUAAAAAAAAAAAACAUUCGGCUGCAUCACUAUUGUGAUACAGAGUGAAACUGAAAUAGGAACGAGUGAAAUUGAUAUAAUGACAUUUCGUGUUUAUUCUGUCCAUUGGCCAGUUUGUUGAAAUUUACACAAAUUUCAAGUGAAUACUUUUAAUUUGUAUUUAGAUUUUUCUGCUACGUUAAGAGAUGGAUUUUCAAAACAGAGCCGGUGGUAAAACCGGCAGCGGUGGUGUUGCCUCCUGGUCGGAGACAAAUCGAGACCGCAAGGAACGUCUUCGUCAACUUGCGUUGGAAACGAUUGACUUGAAUAAGGAUCCUUAUUUUAUGAAAAAUCAUUUGGGUUCAUACGAAUGUAAACUCUGCUUGACGCUUCAUAAUAAUGAGGGCAGCUAUUUGGCACAUACACAAGGUAAAAAGCAUCAAGAGAAUUUGGCUCGGCGUGCUGCCAAAGAAGCCAAGGAAGCACCAUCAAUGCUUGCGCCAGAGAAGCCUCGGGUCGAACCGAAAAAAUUUGUUAAAAUCGGUCGCCCUGGUUAUCGGGUUACAAAACAACGUGAUCCCACCAAUGGCCAACAGUCACUACUGUUCCAAAUUGAUUAUCCUGAAAUUACGGAGAGUAUAAUACCUCGCCAUCGUUUUAUGUCGGCUUAUGAACAAAAAAUUGAACCACCAGAUCGUAAAUGGCAAUAUUUGUUGUUCGCUGCAGAGCCAUAUGAAACAAUCGCUUUUAAGGUACCAUCUCGAGAAGUUGAAAAGACCGAAGGAAAGUUUUGGACGCAUUGGAAUCGCGAUACUAAGCAAUUUUUCCUACAAUUCUCAUUCAAAUUCGAACCCAAAAUUAUACCGCCACCACCGCCACCGCAAUUGCAUCGUGCAUUGGGUCCAACUGGUGGUUUUCCAAUGCCAGGGCCUCCAAGACCCCAUCAUAUGUUCAACGGCGUGCCACCACCACCGCCAAUGGGUGUUUUACCUGUCCCGCCCCCACCCAUGUGAGAAGAGGAGACAACUCCCGUUAGCAGUGGAAAUGGUUGAAUGCUGCGGAAGUUGUAAAAAAA